AUGGCUACUCGCGAUUUUUUGUCCAGAUUUAUUGUCAGUUUCUACCUCUGCAUGACACUUUCCUGUAGCCUCUUUGUCGGCUCUUUCUUGCUUCGUCUUUCUGGCCGAAACGUAUUGCCAAUGAACGAAGUUAUUCGUGAAGCAACGAACCUGUGCCUUGACCGACCAGAGCUGUCUGGGCCUAAUUUUACUUUGGUCUGCUCCAACUCGUCUUUGGGCACACUUGCUGUCCCUCCAUGGAGUCAUUUUCGGCACAAAGUGGCCAAUCUCCUCCCUUGGAAGGGUUUUUGUGCCCAAGGAAAAUAG